AUGCGGGGUUCUAGAAAAUCUAGAGCUAGACCAAGGCCUAACCUUUUGAAACAAUCCAAAUUGAUCACAAGGAAGUUGCAAGUUGUUUAUAAUGAUCCUGAGGCAACUGACACAUCUGAAGAUGAAUCACAACAUGCAAGAACAACGUCAAAAAGAAGCUUCGUUGAGGUCACUCUUCCUCCUCAUGUAUCUGCAACUUCUUUGGCUUCUCAUAAGAGUUUCUCUAAGAAGUCGAAGAUUGUAUCGAGGAAAAAGGCGUGUCUUUCAACACAACGUCAAAUCAAGAAGAAAGUUAUUCCAACAAUAACUUCUCCAAAAACAAGGAGACAACCUUCAUCCAAAUAUCGAGGCGUUCGUUUGAGGCCAUGGGGAAGAUGGGCUGCUGAGAUUCGUAAUCCUUUAACAAAUGUUAGAAUUUGGUUGGGAACUUACGAUACCGAAGAAGAAGCUUCUCAAGCUUAUGAAUCCGAAAGGCUUCAAAUUGCACUUGAUUCUCAGGCAACAAAACCAAAAAGAUGCUUCAAUAAAGAAUCUUCUGCAACCUCUCCAGUUGUAACAUUGAACAAGAACUCUUCUGCAAAUGAUGAUGAUGCCAAUGCUUUAGUGUCAGAGAAAUGUUCAACUACUAAAGACUCUAAGAACUUGUUCUUACAAACACCGCCUUCUUCCAUGCUUGAGUUGGAUACCUUAACAUCCAAUUUGGUUGAGAAGGUUGAUGUUCCAUCAAACAAUGUAGUCGUUGUUGUAAAUAAAGCGAGUGCAAUGAUGUCUUGUCAACUUCAAGAGCUAGAAAUUCCAAAUCCUAGUGUUUUUAACCUGCAUGAGCCAGUUGUUACUGAGAAUCCAAUUGGGACUGAUCCCAAUCUUGGUUUGGGAUUUGAUUUUGAUCAAUUUAACAUUGAUGAUUUUGGAAAAGAUUUUCAAGAAUUUGGUGGCUGUGGUGACUUAGGUGACUUCGAGGAUAUUCAAAUUCAUGGAUUUGAUGACAAUGGACCUAGUGAGCUUCCUGAUUUUGAUUUUGGUGAUAUUGGUGAUGAUGACGAAUUUGCUGGUUGGAUUGAUGCGCCCUUCCAACACAACAUAUAUUUUCUCUAA